AAGAAAGAUAGUUUCUUCGUUGCCGAAGUUGAUGACUCCAAAGUGACGAAAGCCAAGGAUGUCAAUAUGAAAGAUAGAAAUGAAGACUGGUACUACAUAGAUGAUCCGAGGAACGCUAUUAACAAACGUAAACGAGGUGGAGUUGACGAAUGA